CCCUGGGGGGAGAGGAGGGACUGCCUCUGAGGUUCCUCCUGCGGCACCGCCAGCGCCCGAAGUGAAGCCAUGGCACCCAAGAAAGCCAAGAAGAGGAUCGAGGGUGCUAAUUCCAACGUCUUCUCCAUGUUCGAGCAGGCCCAGAUCCAGGAAUUCAAAGAGGCCUUCACCAUCAUGGACCAGAACCGGGACGGCUUCAUCGACAAGGCGGAUCUGAGAGACACGUUUGCUGCGCUCGGGCGCCUGAAUGUGAAAAACGAGGAGAUCGACGAGAUGAUAAAGGAGGCGCCCGGCCCCAUCAACUUCACCGUGUUCCUCACCAUGUUCGGGGAGAAACUCAAGGGUGCCGACCCGGAGGAGACGAUCCUGAACGCAUUCAAGGUGUUUGAUCCGGAGGGCAAAGGGCUGAAAUCCGCCUACAUCAAAGAAAUGCUGAUGACGCAGGGCGAGAGGUUUUCCCAGGAAGAGGUUGACCAAAUGUUCGCUGCCUUCCCUCCAGACGUCUCUGGCAACCUCGAUUACAAAAACCUCGUCCAUGUCAUUACACACGGGGAGGAGAAGGACUAAGCCAUGCUCGUGCCCAGUGCUGGGGUCGGCUCUGUGGGAUCACCUCUCUCCAUGGUCACACCGGGGGUCCCUUUGCCCCUCUCCCUGGUCCUCUCCAUGACGGAGAUUUGCUCAUCGUGGGGAAAAGAGCGCUGAACAGCACCCACAAUAAAGUGCGUUUUGGGGUUUGCCUGGA